CAAUCACAGUACGGGUUUGCUUCCACGCAGGUUUGCUGCUCCUUUAAGACUUGUUCUAGCCACUUUUUUUCUCUGUUUUUUUCUUCUUCUUCUUCUUCCUUUUUUUUUCUCUUCGUGUCAGCCUCAUACAAGGGACUCUUUAAGUCCCGACACACAGAGCGCGCAUUCAUACGGUGGCAGCGGGAUCGAGCGUCACUUUGGAAACUCGGGAACUCACGGAUCCUGGUAACCGACGGCUUCCUUUUCUCCUCACUGAAGUCGUUGCUUUUGGAUUUCUUCCCAGCGGCAGACACGGAGGGGGGCGAGGUCAGGAGGAAAGCGAACUAGUUUGGGCGCAAAGUUGUGAGUUAGCAGGUAAACUGGGGUCCAAGGUGCGCACUGAGCCGCCUAUGAUACCAACUACCCGGAUGGAAAGAACUUUAAUGUGGAACCCUCACAGAGUUCUGCAGCGGAGGCUGAGAGUAGAGACAGACUGGCAGUUUAUAUUAUAAUUUAAGAGGGACAGAUCAGACAGCAGUCAGCCGACACUCCGUGCGUCACUGUGAGAAACACAUUCGAUCAGAUAACGAGCAGGAACAGAGCGCGUACCCGCUGCGCACCGGCAGACUUGCGGAAGAUGUCCAGAGAGGAGCAGCAGAGCUUAUCGGAGGUGGAGCUCAGCCCCGGGGUUUCGGACGACAGCCGCUCCUUGUCACCGGGUCAUUCCUCCGGCGCUGCUGGCGGGGACUCCCCUCUUCGCGUGCGUCAUCAGCCGAAGUUGGAUGAAGGCGCGACGGGCCGCGCGUCCGUCAAAUGCGACGAUGAGGACGAUCGCUUUCCCGCGGGGAUCCGAGAGGCGGUGAGCCAGGUGCUGGACUGCUACGACUGGACUCUCGUGCCCAUGCCAGUGCGCGUGAACACCGGAAGCAAAGGCAAGCCGCACGUGAAGAGGCCCAUGAACGCCUUCAUGGUUUGGGCGCAGGCGGCGCGCCGGAAACUGGCCGAUCAGCACCCGCACCUGCACAACGCCGAGCUCAGCAAGACGCUGGGGAAGCUGUGGAGGCUUCUUAAUGAAAGUGACAAGCGUCCCUUCAUUGAGGAGGCUGAAAGACUGAGGAAGCAGCACAAGAAGGACUACCCGGACUACAAAUACCAGCCACGACGCAAGAAUGGAAAGCUUGGAUCUAGCUCACGAACUGAGGCCGACGGCCAUUCUGAGGGUGAGAUCAGCCAGUCCCACUACAAGGGCCCACGCCUGGAUGUGGACUACACUGGGGGAGCCGGGUCACCUCUGGCAGAUGGGCACCACCCUCUCGCUUCAGGCCAAAGCCAUAGUCCUCCUACACCUCCUACCACUCCAAAGACAGAGCCCCAGUCUGUGAAGGCAGGGGAGGGAAAGAGGGAGGGUAUGGGGAACGGCGGCUCCCGUGGCACAAUGGGAGCUGACGGGAGCUCAGGCACUCCAGGAUCUGGGAAACCUCACAUCGAUUUUGGUAACGUGGACAUUGGUGACAUCAGCCAUGAGGUGAUGGCCAACAUGGAGUCUUUUGAUGUCAAUGAGUUUGACCAAUACUUACCCCCCAAUGGGCACCCAAGUGUUGGGCAGAGUGCUGGUGCAGGAGCAGCUGCAGCAGCUUCUCCGGGUUCUCCCUACACCUACACCAUCUCCUCAGCUCUGGCAGCAGCCAGUGGACAUUCAGCAGCUUGGCUCUCCAAGCAGCAGCCACAGCAACAUCACAGUGCCCUUCUGAGCUCUGACACAUCCAAGGCACAAAUCAAGAGUGAGGUUGGAGAUACUGGAGGCCACUUUGUGGAGGCAGCCUCAGCAGGUUCCCAUGUUACCUACACCCCCCUUAGCCUUCCUCACUACAGUUCUGCUUUCCCCUCGCUGGCCUCUAGGGCUCAGUUUGCAGAGUAUGCUGACCACCAGGCCUCAGGCUCAUACUACGCCCAUUCCAGCCAAGCCUCCAGUUUGUACUCAGCCUUCUCUUACAUGGGGCCCUCCCAGAGGCCCUUGUACACUGCAAUUACUGACCCUGCCAGUGUACCUCAGUCACACAGCCCCACGCACUGGGAACAGCCUGUCUAUACCACACUAUCACGGCCAUGACAAACAAUGUGGUCAGAGGGAAGUGGUGCAGGUUCAGCCCCCAUGUCAGACCCAAACAGGAGAAGUAGCAACAAUGGUUGUUUUGGAGGUGAAAGCAGUCUGAGCCAGGGGGAGUGGGCAGGCACUGGGGAUGCGGGCUGGGAAGGCAGGUGGGGACACAUCCUGGUCUGCGCUUGUCCCGACGCACAAAUGCCGUCACAGGCCUCAGAUGAAUUUGGGGAGUGGCGCAUUCGAAGCAUAGGUGAUUUUGGGGGCCAAGCAGUGGUGUAGUCAGUCAACACCAUAUUACUUUGCAGGUGUACUGUACAUUAAAAACCCAGCAGGGCUCCACGUUAGAGUCACAGUCAUGGUGCCUGCUGGUGUCCAAACAACACAAUUGGCAUCAUUCAUGGGUGGGGAGGGGACAUAUUCCUCUCACUGUAUUAGCAACUCUGAAUAUUUGGUGAUUUGGGGAGGCGGAAUGUGAACUUUCACUCAUGUUACAUGGUCCUUUCUCAGGGUGGCGACUACAUGUGUAUUAUAGGAGGGACAUAUAGCAGCCUUCACCUUCCUCCUGUAGGUCACCAGAGGGGUCAGGCGCAACAUGAUUGAUAGCGACUCAAUCAGGAAUGUAUUACCUCAUCAUCAAAAGUUCUGGAAAGAAAGUGUUUCUACACAAAAUGUACCAGAAGGACGGUGUGCCAAAAUGGUUGGCUGCGGCCCAUUAACUUCUCAGGCAACAUCGACCCCCCCCCCAAAAAAGAUGCUAGUUUUGUAUUGCUUUUGGAAAAAAAAACAGUUCAACACUUGGUUUCAGAGGCACAUGUAGCUAUCCCUAUUUA